AUGUUAGGCAUUAAGGAUCUUGGGUUGUCUGCUAUUCAAGAUUCCCCUUUCAUGGCAUUUCAUUCAAAAUCGGGAACAUCAUCUGUCCAGCUUAUAGUGGAAGAAAAUAAACAGUUUCAAUUUCGCAUGUUUACAUGUUCAGUAUGUCAUAAAAAGUUCAGUCAGAAAGCUAAUCUUCUUGUUCAUUUUCGAGUCCACACUGGUCAUCUUGAAAUAAUGGAAAGCUGUAAAAAGUUGAGUUUCUGUCCAUAUUGCCCAUAUGCUACAGCUCACAAGGGCCAUAUGCAGAGGCAUAAGCGCAUUCAUACUAAUGAGCGCCCUUUUGUUUGUGUUGUCUGCCAUAAAAGAUUUAAUAGGAAAGAUCAUGUUUUAAGCCACAUGAAAUCUCAUUCUAAAGAAUUGCCAUAUCCAUGCCAAGUUUGUUCUCAUCGAUUUUAUACAAAAAAUGAUAUGUUGAGACAUUUUGCCGAGCAUUUUGCUGACAAUACCAGUUCUGAUGCUUAA